UAGGAGAGUUCCGUGUAACCCUCACAAUAGCUGACAUGACUUCAUACUGGGCGCUUCUCCUGUUGGGCUGUGCGGUGCAGCUCGCCCUGGCGGCGAGGCGUGGCCCACCCCACAUCAUGGGCCACAACGAGGUAUACACGAAGGCAUCGAUCGAGGCAGCGGGCCAGCUGAACAGCGGCGCCAUCUUCGUGAAGGAGGGGGAUUUCUUCCUCUCCGUCAGUGAAUGGGUGCUGCUGCUCCCGAUGAAACGAGUCGAUGGGUAUGUUGCCCACCUCCUCGGCCUGGAGAACAAUCUCAAGGCCCUGCUGCAGCUCGCCUCAGCCUCUGAGCAGAUCAAGCACGAGGUGACCGGGAUCCUGGUUGAAUCGGCCGGGAUUAAAAAGGAGAUCGAGAAUUUCCAACUUUCCGUGCCGGUGGCCUCCACGACUACCACGACCACCACUACACCGUCGUCAAUCCCGGCACAACCGGCGGCUGGACGCCGUCGGCGACGAUCUGCCAGCCCUCAGCACCCACUGAGCGCCUUCUCCCCGUCGGAUCGCCGAGGGAUGCCUGCCUCGCCCCAUCCUGGGAGUACCAUCGUUGGCGUCGACAACGUCGUCGCCCAGGGCUGUUCUCCGGAUGGCCCCGUGCAAGUGUGCCCCUUGAACGUGCUCCAGGCCCCGGUCUUUGCCCCUUCCUCCGCUUCACACAUUAACCUCCAGAUCAUCCGAUGGUUAAAAGUUUUUUAUAGGCGUGCGGAGCGGAUGAUGAUGGCCGACCUACAGAACGGGACCCGCUUCUACCAGCCCUACGAGCUGUUCCCCGCGCCCCCUCGCAAGGGCGCCCAGGGAAUCAGUCCGAAUCUUCCGUACAUGGCCGACACACCUGUGGACGCGCCCACCGGGUCCUUGUACGGAACGCCCACGCCGACGUCUUCAUCUAUCUUCGUCGACCCGUACGAUGAGUCCCCCAAGCCCGUCGAGGGCGACAAGCCGCCACCUCUCUUCGUGGACCCCUACACCAGGCGACGCAAGAGGUACAUCCCUUCAGUUAUCUAUUACAGCCCGGAGCCGCAGGUGGUGGCCAACAUGGACCCUGACUUCGACUUCGAGGAGGAGGCGCCGCCUCCGCCAUCCCGGCCGAGUCCUCGUCGUCCUGCGCCAACCCCUUCGGUCCCUUCGUCGACAUCACCUUCUGGCUCACCUAACGCGGUCCGACCGGCUCUCGGCUCUGCCUCUCGGGGGUGGGACUCCGUGCCUACCCUGGAGUCCUCCGGGACACGGUUCAACACCAUCGAUUCCCACAUAAUCCCGGACUUGUCGCAGCCAUCUUCCUGGCGGCAGGCCAGCCGCCCCAUUGGCCAUUGGGACGGGAUGCUGCAGCCGCUGGGAGCCGAAUUCUACGUCGGCCAAGCCGCCGGCGAUGGUAACAGUACUCGACCCCACAGACGGACGCGACGUGGACUGGUCAACGCAGUCGGCCGCUUGGAGUCGUUCCUCUUUGGAACGAUGUCCGACUCCGACCGCAGCCGACUGGACAACAAGAUGGCUGCCAUGGGCAACCAGGUCGGCCUACUCGCCCGUAUUUCGGACGAGUUCGCAUCAAAACUGACCGUCACCUUGAAGACAAUGAAGGACCAUGACGCUCAGAUAAAAAAACUGACCGAGCUCGCCCUUGUCCGCUUUGACCGUAUGAGCACGGACGCGACGCUUUCUAGUGCGUUGCGGAACACGCAUGCUGCAAUUGCAUCCAUAAGAGAAGAAGUAUUGGCUUUCGUCGGUGCUUGGGAGGUGGCGGCCAUGGACGGUGGUCUCUCCAGCUCGUUCAUCGAGCCCCAUAGGCUGUUAGACAUCUUGCUGGCGCUCACUGAGGAGCUUAAGCCCCUUGGUCUCCAGCUUCCCAUUCCGCCCUCGCUAGCCAAUAUUCAUGUCUUUUAUGGAGUCAUCAUUGUGCAGCCGCUGCUCCGCAACGACCGCCUCACUCUUUUCCUUCAUGUGCCUCUUGUACAGGCGGACCGGAAGUUCGCUCUAUACAAGAGCCACCCUUGGCCCUAUCCCAUACCUAAUAGCACACACCACGACGUAUUCGCGUUUUUCAAACCGGAAACCGAAUACAUCGCGGUUAACGGUGCCCUGACGACGCAUUUACUGAUGACAGAAGCUGACGUAGCCAAAUGCCGUGCCAGCGAAAUCCGGGUCUGCCACCCCACUGUGGCCCUCCACCAGGGAACGGACACGUGCAGUAAGGGGUAGCGAUUACCCACUUUUUUCGAUAUUGAUAUCGGCUAUAUGCGGAAAGUGUGCUACCUAUAGACCAGAUUGACUGUGUAAAAUCGUUUUUCGAUCAGAUAAUAUUUUCAGGGUCAACGGU